AUGCGAAGCCUACUACUCUUCAGCGGCAGCAUGGCCCCGCACCAGGCCGCAACGGCCCUCGAGCCCGAAUCAUCCGCCUUCUACGAGAGCUUACGGUGGCUUGACGAGAGCAAUGACCUGGACCUGAGCCUGGGUUUCGGCAACCUCGCACAGGACGUCGGCAGCCGGAGCGUCGGCGUCGGGGCCGGUAAGAUGCCGUCAUCCCCCGACGGCGGUGGCAGGUCCUCCCGGCGCACGCCCAACCGUCGCCGUCUCUCGCUCGGCAACAAGUUCCCCCUCUCACGCCCCUCGGUCGGCAGCCGACCGGGGACGAAGGACACCGCGACGGCGGCAGGUGACGGCGGCGGCGGAGGCGUCGCCGCCAUCAUCGGCACUACCACCACCAUCACCGCCUCACCCCCACCUCUCAAGCGGUCACCCAGCCAGAUGCUGCUGAGGACGUCGGGCAACGGCCGCAGGAUGUCCAGGGCUCUGUCCCUGGCAUCGGCGAAGCAGCCGCAGCUGCAGACCCACCACCAGCAGCAGCAGCAGCAGCAGCAGCAGCAUGCCCGUCAGGUGUCGACGCCCAUCGACGCCGUUGCGACGCACUACCAGGACCCGGGAGCUCGGUUGACGCUCCGCGAGUACGUCACCUCGCCGACCAAGUUUGACGAAGCUCUCGAAUACGGCUUCCCCUCCCUGACAGCAGAGGCGGAAGCCAAGACAGCCGGCGGUAUCAAGGACGUCAAGAAGCCAGCACCACUCGUUCCCAACCUGGCCAGAAGUGAUGGCAAUGAAGACAAUAACGACAACGACAACAAAAACAACAGCAGCAAAAACAACAACAACAACAAUGACAACAACAAUGACAACGACGACGACGACGACGGCUCGUCGACGCACAGCACCGUCAGCGACUCAGACUCACCCAAGACGCCCCCCGCGGCGCACAGCAAGCCGAUGGUGUCGCCCCGGCUGUGCGCGGAUCCCGAGCUGUCGUCUUCGUCGUCACCCCCGCCCCCGGCCGGCGCGGUCAAGCGCCUGCACUCGCCCGGCCAGUGCCGCGAGAUGACGGUGCGCAUGACGCUGACGAGACCCGACCUGCGAGCCUACGGCGACGACGUCCUGUACGCGUGGCAGGAUCAGGAUCAGAACCGGAAUCGGAACCGGAACCGGCAGAACCAUCGGCAGCCUCCUCAGACGGAAGCGCCGGCGGCCCGCAAGAGCAUCCUGUCCGUUGCCGACCGGCCGCGCGUGCCCAGCACCGUCCACGGCGGAUCGGAGGACCUCGAUUUCGGCAACAUCAAGGAGAGCAUGGAGAAGCGUUUCGACGCUUUCGACCAGGAGAUGAUGAAGGAGGACGCGACAGAUGGCGGAGUUGUCAAGCGUAUCUGGAAGAAGGUGUUGCGGGUCUAG